CUUUUCAAACUACUCCCUUCCUAAAAUCCCUCACAAUCAGUCCUUUUUUCCUGCAAUUCCUUCCAACGUUCCUCACCCCUUUUUUACUUUCUCUUUCACUUUCACUAUCAAAAAGGCCCACUUUCUCUCUCCUCCCUUGGGCCCCACCAUCCCCUCAAAAUCUCCUUCUACCAUGGGAAACUGCUGCUCCCAGGGCAGUUCCAAUGAAGCCCAAGAAACCCAAUUGCCGGAAUCUGCGACUGAUGAUAAAGCAGCCACCAAGAAUCCCACCUCCCCCAAUGCCACACCAUCCAAAUCGUCCCCUGGGCCCCCCUCCACAGGGUCCCGCCACCCUGCGAAACCGGCCCCAAUUGGACCCGUAUUGGGCCGGCCUAUGGAGGACGUCCGAUCGGUGUACACGAUCGGGAAGGAACUUGGACGGGGACAAUUUGGCGUGACCCACUUGUGCACCAAUAAGAGCACCGGCGAGCAAUUCGCAUGUAAAACGAUCGCGAAGCGGAAAUUGGUGAAUAAGGAGGACAUUGAAGACGUACGGCGGGAAGUGCAAAUCAUGCAUCAUCUGACGGGCCAAGCGAAUAUUGUAGAAUUGAAGGGGGCUUAUGAAGACAAGCAAUCAGUCCAUUUGGUUAUGGAGUUGUGCGCAGGCGGUGAACUCUUCGACCGGAUCAUUGCCAAGGGGCACUAUACAGAACGUGCGGCCGCGUCACUCUUGAGGACGAUUGUUCAGAUUGUCCAUACAUGCCAUUCGAUGGGAGUCGUUCAUCGGGACCUCAAGCCAGAGAACUUUCUAUUGUUGAGCAAGGACGAGAAUUCGCCACUCAAGGCUACAGAUUUCGGGUUGUCAGUCUUUUUCAAGGAAGGUGAAGUGUUCCGCGACAUUGUUGGCAGCGCAUAUUACAUUGCGCCCGAAGUCUUGAAACGGAAAUACGGACCCGAAGUUGAUAUAUGGAGUAUUGGAGUUAUGUUGUAUAUUCUUCUUUCUGGAGUUCCUCCCUUUUGGGCUGAGUCAGAGCAUGGAAUUUUCAAUGCCAUUUUGCAUGGACAUGUCGAUUUCACAAGUGAUCCGUGGCCGUCAAUUUCAUCAGGCGCGAAGGACCUGGUGAAGAAGAUGCUCAAUACAGACCCCAAGCAAAGACUCACAGCAUUCCAAGUUCUCGAUCAUCCAUGGAUCAAAGAGGAAGGAGAAGCACCAGAUACGCCUCUUGAUAAUGCUGUACUAAACAGGCUUAAACAGUUCAGAGCAAUGAACAAGUUCAAGAAAGUUGCUUUAAGGGUGAUAGCAGGGUGUUUAUCAGAGGAAGAAAUAAUGGGUUUAAAGGCCAUGUUCAAGAACAUGGAUACUGAUAAUAGUGGUACCAUCACCCUUGAAGAACUGAAACAAGGACUCUCCAAACAAGGAACAAAGCUAUCCGAAUAUGAGGUCAAACAGCUCAUGGAAGCUGCUGAUGCAGAUGGCAAUGGAACCAUCGAUUAUGAUGAAUUCAUCACGGCGACUAUGCACAUGAACAGAACAGACAAGGAAGAUCAUCUUUACACAGCAUUCCAAUACUUCGACAAGGACAACAGCGGGUAUAUUACAACAGAAGAGCUAGAGCAAGCGCUUAAAGAGUUCGGCAUGCAUGAUGGGAGAGACAUAAAGGACAUUAUCUCCGAAGUCGAUGCGGAUAACGACGGACGGAUCAACUACGACGAGUUCUGUGCCAUGAUGAGAAAAGGAAAUCCAGAAGCGAACCCGAAAAAGCGGCGGGAUGUGUUCAUGUGAUCCUGACCGUCAGAUUGCGCAUGUGGAAGGAAAGAAGGAAUCUGAUGAUGUUUUUUUUGGUGUGUAAAAAUACUGAUGGGGGGCCUGGGAGGGAGAGAAGUUGUAAUGGUACGCUUUAAAUAGAAGAAAUGUUCAUUAUAGAUCCUCGUGAGAUUUGUGUACACUAAUGUCUGUAGAAGUGAAAGGAUGGGGGUGGAGUUUGGGUUGAA